AUGGACCCCAGCACAGCUGAGCGCGAAUUGCGCUACCUCGAAGAGCUGUGGGAGUUUGCAGAACAUGGGCCUGAAGCUGGUGCUCCUGUCUCGCCCGUCCCUAUCAAUGACGGCACCGGUACCACAGCUGAUGGGCAGUCAUUGUCUCUGCCGGGGGACGCGGAACCCCAGUCGCGAGGGCUUCUCCGCGAUUCGGCAGCGCACAUAACCGAGCCGGUGGCCAGUCGCGAAGCCAUGGAGCACAGGAGACUUGAGGCACUGGCGGCCAGGUCGAGAAAGAGGAGGAGGAGGCGGGAGCGCGCCCGCCAGGCUGCGGAGGGCCGGGAGGCAAGCGACAGGAUGAGGAAUGCCAUCAGGGACGCCCGAGAUGGCAGAAAGAGCGCUAUUCGGCGUCUCCGAGAGAUGACCAACAAUAUCAGGGGGGUUGUCGACAAGGCCAAGGAGGACCAUGUGGCGGCUCUGGAAAAGCGACACCGAGCCAUCGCGGAGCUGAAGCAGAACUUGGAUGCUUCUAAAGCCAAAGUCGCAAUGCAGGCCACAGCGUUUAGGUAA